GUCUAUUGUGACGCAAUAAAGUGCUCCCAGUUAAAACAAAGAUUGGAAUUAUUAUAAGGAUAAAAAAUGUCAUUCACAAGUAACACCACUAGGGGCAGCAAUUCCGCUAUUCCUAUGAAGCCCGCCUCCAGGUACGCCCACUCCACUGUGAUUGGUCACGCUCCCAAGGGCUCCCGAGGACUUCCCGGCAGCUGCCAAACCCUACUUUAUAAUUUUGUUGGUAUAGGAGUUGAUAAUAAAUGUGGUGGGAAAAGGCCAUUAGCAACUCCGGACAUCGGUGACGUUGUAAUUUGCGUGCAUGCAGUCUUUCAGCACUACAUGAUGGAGAGGAGUCGUCGUUCGCUUUAUGCAACGCCAUUGCAGCAACACAGUUCCGAGGACCUAGGAUGCCUGGAGCAGCUGGAGCUCAAGGAUGCUGAAGACCCAAGAGAAUAUUGUUACGGUGGUUAUCACCCAGUGCAGAUAGGUGACAUAUUUAACAAAAGGUACAAGGUGCUCUCCAAACUCGGCUGGGGUUAUUUCUCCACCGUGUGGCUCUGUGUGGACCUCAGUUUGGGUCGGCGUGUUGCAGUGAAGGUCCUGAAGAGUGGUACUGGUUUCACUCAGGCAGGACAAGAUGAACUCUCUCUCCUCAGAUGUACAGGUAGUUCUUCCAGCAGACAUCCACACAGUGAGAAGAUUGUUCAGCUGCUAGAUGAAUUCAAGCUGGCUGGAGUCAAUGGCGUUCACAUAUGUCUUGUAUUGGAGCUACUGGGACCAGACUUGAGAAGCUUGCAAAUUCAUUUCCGGAAUCGCCGACUGUUUCAGCCUUGCGUCAAACAAAUACUCACUCAGGUUCUGCAAGGUUUGGAUUACCUUCACAACCAGUGUAAAAUCAUCCACACGGACAUCAAGCCAGAGAACAUCCUGCUGUGUUUGAACCAACAUUCUCACAGUGGACCAGUGGGUAGCAGCAGUAUGUCCGUGGUACCAACUGAAGAUCAAGCUGAGUCUACAGAAAAAGAAGACGGUUAUACUCCUGCUACGUUAAAUGAAGCUACAGUGAAGAUUGCUGACCUGGGAAGUUCUUGUUGGGUGUACAAACAUUUCUGUGAGGCGAUCCAAACUCGUCAGUACCGUUCACUGGAGGUUUUACUGGGGUCUGAGUACGGCCCGCCAGCGGACAUCUGGAGUGUCGCCUGCAUGGCCUUUGAGUUGCUGACUGGAGACUCUCUGUUCGACCCCAAAUCAGGCACCUCCUUUUCCCUGGAGGAAGGUAUGAAAAAGACUACCGAUACUGAAUUAAAUAAGAUAAAACUAAAGCUUAAAAUAAUAUAUUCUUUAUAUGUACAUUGUUCAGAUCAUAUAGCCCAGAUCAUGGAGCUGCUUGGUAAAAUACCACCAACUGUACUUUUUUCUGGGAAAUACUCUUCACGGUACUUCAGCCGCAAAGGUGACCUCCGGCAUUUCGGACCGCUACGGAUCUGGAGACUCUACGACGUUCUGGUGGAGAAAUACCACUUCCUCUUGGAUGAAGCCUCCACUUUGUCUGACUUCCUACUGCACAUGUUAGAUUAUUAUCCAGACAGGAGAGCCACUGCCGCACAGUGUCUCCUUCACCCUUGGCUGACAUCCUGAAGGUCCUAAAAUGGACUGUAAAGUAACUAAUGACCAAAUGUUAUGUUUUGUUUUCAACAAAAAUCAGCUGUUAUUCUU